AAUGCUAGAAGUUUACAGAACAUAAAGAUGCAAAUUCAAUUCUCCUCAACACACCUUGCUGGCUUAAGCAUGAGGCUCCUCUCUUGUUAUAUUACUUUAAGUUAUUAUCUCACAAUUUCUUAUUUUCCUUUCUCUCUCUUUCUAUCCUUCUAACUUUCUUCUUUCCAAAUUCUCUUCUUUUUCUUUUCUCUCUUCCACUUUUCCCUCUGCAUUUCCACUUCACAACUGGCCACAACGUUCACCGGAAACUUCACUCUCUUCUGAUUUUUCCGGCGAAACCACGACGACCCAUUUCACACAACCUCGCCGUGAGACCCUCCUUCGCCGGAAAAUCCACUCUCUUCUCAUUUUUCCGGCGAAUAUGCGACCCAGUUUUUAGAACUUCACUGCACACUGCAAGUGUCUCACUCGCCGGAAAAUUUUCAAUCAGGGCGAGUAUACUCUCAGCUCUGUAACAAUGUCAAUCUUCGAUGGAGCUUUCAGGGAUUCCCAGCUCAACCAAAAAACCUCAAUCUUCGAUCUUCGUCUCUUUGUUGUAAUCGGAAUCCUCAUCGGAAUCAUAAUCGUCUUCAUCCUGUUCCUCAUCUCUCUCUGUCUCGUCUCCCGCCGCCGCCACCGCCGCGCCGUCGCCGGCGAUUACAAACCCACCGGCGAUUACAAACCCACCGGCGUCCUUGCUCCGUCCAAGGGAAUCCAGGAGAUCGUGCAUCUUCCGGGACCCCACAUGCUCCGGCGGCCUACGCAGGCGAAGGUGCCGGAGAUCCAUGUGGAUAUCGGGAAGGCGGAGCACCGUGUGGUGGUGCAGUCUGAGAGGGUGUUGAGUGGGGAGAGCAAGGGGACAGUGGUGAGUGGGUGUGAAACGACGUCGUCGUUUGGGAGUGGCAGUGUUGGUGGUGGGAAUGGGAUUGGGCCUGAAGUGUCGCAUCUUGGGUGGGGGAGAUGGUACACACUGAGGGAGCUUGAGGAUGCCACUGGUGGGUUGUGUCCGGAAAAUGUGAUUGGUGAAGGUGGCUAUGGGAUUGUUUAUCAUGGGGUCCUCAGUGAUGGUACAAAUGUUGCUGUCAAGAACCUGUUGAAUAACAAGGGCCAAGCUGAGAAAGAAUUUAAAGUAGAGGUAGAAGCAAUUGGUCGAGUGCGUCACAAAAAUCUUGUUAGGUUGCUUGGGUACUGUGUUGAGGGGGCCUACAGGAUGCUUGUGUAUGAUUAUGUUGACAAUGGCAAUCUAGAACAGUGGCUGCAUGGGGAUGUUGGAGAUGUAAGCCCUUUGACAUGGGAUACACGCAUGAACAUCAUAUUGGGAACUGCAAGAGGAUUGGCCUAUCUUCAUGAGGGUCUGGAACCAAAGGUUGUCCACCGAGACGUGAAAUCGAGCAACAUACUCCUUGAUCGCCAAUGGAACUCCAAGGUUUCUGAUUUUGGGCUUGCUAAGCUUUUGUGUUCCGAGAACAGUUAUGUCACAACUCGAGUGAUGGGGACAUUUGGUUAUGUGGCACCAGAGUAUGCUUGCACUGGAAUGCUUACUGAGAAGAGUGAUGUUUAUAGCUUUGGGAUACUUAUCAUGGAGAUAAUUACUGGGAGAACUCCUGUUGAUUAUAGUAGACCAAAAGGAGAGGUUAAUUUAAUAGAGUGGUUGAAGACUAUGGUUGGGAAUCGAAAAUCCGAGGAAGUAGUUGAUCCGAAGCUUCCUGAGAUGCCAUCUUCAAAGGCCCUUAAACGUGCCCUGCUGAUUGCUCUUCGGUGUGUUGAUCCCGAUGCAACUAAGAGGCCUAAAAUGGGACAUGUGAUCCACAUGCUUGAGGCAGAUGACCUGUUAUUCCAUAAUGAUCGCAGAACUGGGGAAGAAUCUUCCCGUUCCCACCAUGAUUAUCAACAUGAGCAUAAGGACUCAAGUUUAGAUAAGAGGACAAAUGGAGGGAUCAAUGAUCAAAGUGAAGAUGUUAGUGGUAGAAAUCAUCAUCAGCCCCAUUAGGUAGAGAUGAUAAUAGUCUGAUAAUUUAAUAGAAUUAUGUGCUUUUUUUUUGUCUUUAUAGUAGUUUGCUAAUUUUUAUUUCUAGCUCAAAAAAUUAAAAAUAAAAAUUGAAGCAGGAUUAAUCGCUUAUUUAUUUUUCUUAUUACAUAAAUUUUUCCCUGUUGUUACCAACUCCAAUUAGGGAUUCAUAUUCAUGUGUAUACUAUACUCUGAUUCGUUAUUGUAUAAAUAAAGAUUAUUGAUAA